AUGAUAUACGAUCUAUGCGCGCAGAACGGCCUCCCUCACCGCAACACCAAGAAAUGGAUCGUAGCGCAAACGGAAGAGCAAUGGGCUGCAGCAUUAAAGACCCACGAGCACGCACAGAGAAUAGGCGUACCGACACGGCUCAUCGGUCGCGCAGAGGCUCAGGCUCUCGAACCGGAGGUCCAGGCUCUCGCGGGCAUUGUCGAGAGUCCGACUACGGGGAUUGUAGACAGCCACUCGCUGAUGACCUAUCUGCAGGGCGACUUCGAGGACCGCGGCGGCGACUGUGCGUUUCUCACAAAUGUAACGGGCAUCGAGGCGUUGAAUGGAGGAAAGAACGGAUACCGGAUCACGGCUGUGACGAGCGACGGUACAGAGACGUCUAUUACCGCUGAGACGCUGGUCAACAGCGCCGGGAACUACGCUUGCCAUAUCAAUAACAUGAUCCUCCCACCCGAACGACACCGUACCCCAUACUACGCCAAGGGAACGUACUUCUCGUACGCGGCGUCGUUCCCGAAAACCUCCGUGCUGGUCUAUCCAGUCACGCUGCCCGGCCUCGGCGGCCUGGGCACCCAUCUGACUCUAGACCUCGGCGGCCGCCUACGAUUCGGCCCCGACGUGGAAUGGGUGGACGAUCCGAAUGACCUCAUGCCCAGUCCCGCCCGGCUGCAGCAGGCGCUUCCGGAGAUCAAGGCCUAUUUACCCAACGUGGACCCCGAGGCAAUCAGUCUAGACUACUGUGGGAUCCGACCCAAGCUGGGACGCGGUGGGGCCGUGAACACAGGUAAAGGGUUCCAGGAUUUCAUCAUCCAGGAAGAGGAAGGCUUCCCUGGGUUCAUUAACCUACUAGGAAUUGAGAGUCCAGGGUUGACGAGUUCGUUGGCAAUCGGGGAAAUGGUGGAGGGCCUUCUAUGUUGGGAUUGGAUUGUUACAAAUGGUAACUGCCAUUACGCCAAGAACCGUUCAACAUUCCGAAACUACCGACGAGCGCCGGGCAAGAUCGGCGGCUCACGGGUCCUCGGUGUAGGGAGCGUCGAAUUGCGUGUUCGACGACGUUCGGGAGAUGGUGAGAUCAACACACUUGUGCUAGAUAAUGUGCUGCAUAUGCCGAACGCGCGAUGCAAUGGUCUGAGUCUGCCGAAAUACCGUGAAACACACCCGUUCACGGGGGUAGAUGGCGAAGGUGACCAUGUCGAAGCGCGGAGUGACGAUGGGUCGGAGCCGGAGUGGUAUGCAGAAGGGUACCAUGGUCUAUCAAGAGUUGUGCUUGCGGGUGAGCCACAAGGAGAUUCAUAUUUGAGCGACGAUGAACAUUAUAUGCUUUCUGUGAUGGCUUCAAAUGAAGAGAUGGACAAACUUUGGCAGAGGGUUGCGAAUCGGAGUUGGGUGGCCUAG